GGACAAUCAUUUAUCAAUAAUUUGGUAUCUUGUAAUUAUUUCAAAUAAACAAUGGAUAAAAACAUAAUUAAAAGGUUUAUCAAACUGGCGUGGUUAUGGACGUUUAUUGAAGGGGCAUUGACCUGCAGCGGCGGUUUUGGUAGCGUGUUUCAACGCGUUGACAACGGAAGCUGUUCGUUUACAAACAACGACACUUGUGGAUACACCAUUGAACCGCCAUGGAAACCAUUUGGUAAAGUUUUAGAUAAACCACACUGCGUGAUUGCAAACAGUAGCAGGGAGGGAGAAGUGGCCUCCAUAACAUCACAAGUGCUGCCAGCAGGGGAAUAUUGUGUUACAUUUUCCUAUAUCAUUCUGGAAGGAGACAAUGCGACACUAUCAGUACAUCGAUCUGAUGUAAACUCAACAGAGGAACUUGUUACUGUAACAGGCAAUUAUACCAAUGAGUGGAAAACCUUAGAAAACAACGUAUUUGUUCAAGCAAAAUCUUUUCAGCUUCGAUUUACCGGUCAUUUUGACAAGGAAGGAACGGUCGCUCUUGCUGACAUUACGGUAUUCAAAGCUUUCAACACCAUCUGGGUCGAAAAUGAUGACUCGCCUAUUCCCAGUGAUCAACCUAUUUUUAACGUUACCACGAAACCAACAAUACCGACAACAUCAAUACAACCUUCGACAGUCGUUAGUAAAGAAUGCGGUACAAAUCUAACCAUUGCAAAUGGAGGCGUGACAACCAGGGGUUCUAAAUACUUGGACCAAGCAACAUACUAUUGCAAUGAAGGUUAUUUCCUGAUUGGAGAAGAAAAUACAACAUGCCUCGAAAAUGCCACGUGGGGUAGCAAUAAUGUGUCAUGUGAACCUAUGGAUUGUGGAACAAUCAUCAGUAAUGACCACGGUCAUGUGAUUUACGGAAAUUCCACAUACCUGUCUUCGGCGGUCUUAGUGUGUGACGAUGGUUAUGUGCUGAAUGGAAACAAUACAACUAGCUGCCUCAGUAACGGAUCCUGGUCAACCAUAAAUGCAGAUUGCUAUCUUAUAGAAAUUAAAAACAUUCCGAAAUGUGAACAAGAGAGUUAUGGGAACUGUAGCUGGGACAAGACAGAUCCAGGCCAGAUUGUAUCUUGCAAGUGUCCAAAGAACUUUGAGGGCCAUAUAAGUAGGAAAUGCGACAGAAAUGGUAAAUGGCUUCUUCCGGAGUCUAACUGUGUUCGACCGGAGAUCCAAGCCAUUGCAAACAAGCAUCGCAGAAGUGCACUUGUUUAA